UCCUGAAAUGAGACGAGCAGCAAAUCUAAGGGCAUAAAUGUAACAAUCAACUGAACAAAUAUAACAAAACUGCAAAUAAGCAAUAUUUUCUGUGUGAGCAUGCAGAAUUAUAACAGCAAAUUCGGGCAAUUCUAUUUAUUAACGGCUGAGGUUCUGCUUGAAGGAUUCAACACAAGAUGUCACAGGACAUAGGGCAUAUUAGAACCAGAGAUUAGAACAUGGCUCGAGAACCUGCUGCUCAUGGCGUCAUUUUCCCCAAACCACUUUAGCGCAAACCACGCCCCGUAGUUGCAAUGGAAUCGAUUCUGAACGUUCGAAAUGACGCGACUGACACAGACCUAGCAGCAGGCUACGGCUACAUUAGCUUGCUAACGUGUUAUGGUAGGCCUUUGCGCUGGCUAGUAUGCAUCGACUCGUGUACGUUUUUUUUGCAGAAAUUCUCCCAAGCCUCCUGGUUCUCCAAACUUGUGCACAAUCGCUGUGGUCUGAUGGAACUUCUCCCUGGUCACCAGGUGCUCCACACAUUUGAGGACUUCAAAAGAAAACCGCUUCUCCAAUCCAAUUCCCUCUAUUGACUUGGACUUCCUUUCAAUUACGUGUAUGGGGGUAUUUCCUCUGGUUCGGAGCUCUUGUCCAUCUCAGUGUAGUUGCUUUUAUCACAACCUGAGUGAUGGAUCCAAGGCCAGGAGCGUCAUUUGCAAUGACCCGGAGAUCUCGUUGGUCCCCGCCAAUUUUCCUGCUGACACCUCAAAACUUCGAAUUGAGAAGACGGCAAUCAAGCGGAUUCCAAGCGAAGCUUUCUAUUACCUCUCAAAUUUGGAAUGUCUGUGGAUGUCUUUCAAUUCGUUGUCUAAAUUAAAUACAGACAGUUUCCGUGGCUUGUACAGCCUUGAAGAACUGAGAUUGGAUGGCAACUCCCUUACGUCGUUUCCCUGGGAAUCGCUUGCUGACAUGCCCAGCCUGAGACUCCUCGAUUUGCACAAUAACCAAAUGACUUCACUCCCGACGGAAGCGACCGUUUACAUCAGAAACCUGACGUACCUGGAUUUAUCUAGCAAUAACUUGGUCACUCUACCGUCAGAGGUUCUCUCCAGUUGGCUAUCUGUAAAACCCACACAGAGUGUAGACAAUUCCAAGAUGAUUUUAGGUCUCCAUGACAACCCCUGGGUGUGCGACUGUCGGCUCUUUGACCUGGUGCAGUUUCAGAAGUCGCCCUCCUCCUCAGUAGCGUUGAUAGACACGCGGCUGCGGUGCUCUGAGCCCGAGAGCGUGUCGGGGAUCCUGUUCAGCGACGCUGAGGUGCGGCGGUGUCAGGGGCCCCGGGUGCACACGGCCGUGGCUCGCGUCCGCAGCGCCGAGGGCAACGGCGUCCUGCUGCGCUGCGGCUCCGUCGGCAUCCCCGUCCCAGACCUGUCCUGGAGCAGAGCCGAUGGGAAGCCUGUGAACGGGACCGCCCAGCAAGAGACUUCAAAGGAGGGGAUGGUGUGGUCCAUCCUGAACGUUGCGGCUGUGUCCCAGGGGGACUCAGGGAAGUACAUCUGCAAGGCCAGGAACUUUGUAGGAAGCGCAGAGGCCACCAUUUCCCUGAUAAUAACAGAUUCGGCGAGAACAGAUAAUCAAACCGACGGCACCAAGAAAUCCAGGGGGAAGAAACCCAGUGGAAAAGCCGCCGCCUACCAGGAAAAGCUGCUGGCCAGGUAUAUGGGCCUGACGACUGCAGCCCCCACCCCCCUCAUUCCUCCAUCGGCCUUCACUGGGCAGGUCCCAGACACGGAGAGCUACAGCAGUUCCGGCCGUGCGCCAGAUGUGCCCACGCCCAGUCUGGCCCUAGCGCAAGGGCUGCUGGGCCUGGAGAAAGCCAACCUGAGCAAUCUGAUGGCCAAUACCUCGUCCCUCCAGCAGGACCGGGACCGCGUGGUCCGCUCGGUCAAAGUGGUCGGGGACACAGACCACACGGUCUUGCUGAACUGGAGGGCCCCCACGGCCAAGAACACCACGGUGUUCAGUGUGCUGUACGCCGUGUUCGGGGAGAGGGACAUGCGGAAGAUCAACGUCGGCCCGGGCAAGAACAGGAUCACCAUUCAGGGUCUGGUGCCAAAGACGAAGUACAUCGCCUGCGUGUGCGUCAGAGGGCUGAUCCCUAAGAAGGAGCAGUGCGUGAUCUUCUCUACGGACGUAGCGGCCAGCGCUAGCGGGACCCAGAAGCUCAUUAACGUGGUUGUGAUUACGGUGGCCUGUGUGAUAGUGGUCCCUCUGACCUUGAUCGUGUGCUGCGGAGCUCUGAAGAGGCGCUGGAAGAAGCUGUUCGGGAGUAAGUCUAAGGAGAUCCAGGACUCCUACGUCACCUUCGAGACUCUCUCCCCCGGGACCAGAGCCAAAGUUCAGCAGGGGGAGUAUCUGACCCGGCCCAACCCGGAGGAGUCCAACCGGCUCCUCUCAGCCCGGUCCAGCCUGGACUCGGAUGCCACGGCUAAAAUCGAAGGACAGAAAAAUGAGUAUUUCUGCUGACCCCACCCCUGCCCCCUGAUGACCCUCCCCCCCUUCCCUUUGGAAUUCCAAAAAGGGCAGUUUGACUUUGCACAGGGCAGCUCAGAGUUCAGAACAAUGUAAGGAUUCACCACAGAACCAUGGUGGAGUGACAUCUCGAGUGUGUGAGGUGAUGGCGUGUGGAGCGAUAGUACAUUGUACAGAUCACAUAUGUCAGUUCAGGAUGUGAAUCCCAUUUUCCAUUUGUGAUACACAAUAUUUUAAAUAUGUCCUGCAAUAUGCUGGCACAGUUAUUUUGUACAUACAACCAUUAAAAGUGGCACCCAACCAGUACUGAGAGAAUUUGCUUUAAGUGGAACAUAUUACAUGGACUGAGAGGAAAAGGGAAAUGUAAUUAUUAUAAAUGUAAAUUUCCAUGACUGUGUAUG